AAGAGGGGUGAGGCUCACAGGGAUCAAGUCACGUAAAUUUGGAUGCUGUGAGGAAAUGGGAAAAAAAAAUACGAGUCAAAAACAUGAAGAAAUUUAGUGAGGGCGACGAUUAAGAUAAAAUCAACCAAAUGACUGAAAUUUUGAUCCCUUUUCAUUGAAAGCUUCUCUCCUCUAAUAAGCCUGCCUGCCCGCCGUACCAGAAACGAAUUGGUUAAUAAGCGACCGCCAUGCUACCGUCGCCUCACCGUCGCAACGCUGUCCCUAGAUACCAACCCAGGAAAUCGUCGAGUCGUUGUUGUUGCAAAUGCAUAUGCUUAUGUUGUUGCCUCCUUUUCAUCAUCGUCCUCGCCCUAGGUGGCAUGGCGUUCUACAUCUACGCCGUAUACAAACCCAAGAUUCCAUCCUACCGAGUCAACGGCCUUGAGGUUAAGAAAUUCGAUGUUCAAUCAGAUUUUAGCCUCAAGACUGUUUUUACGGUCUCCGUCACGGCGGACAACCCCAACACCAACAUUGGGUUCAAAUACGGCAAGGACAGCUCUGUCAUCGUCACCUACACCGACUCUAUUCUCUGCUCCGGGAAGCUUCCUAGCUUCCACCAGAAAGCAGAGAAUGUGACGGAGAUGAAGAUUCAACUGGAUGGGGUUAGCAAAUUCGGGUCAGGUCUCCAAGAGGCUUUUCAAGAGAGUAAAGAUACUGGGAAAAUACCUUUACUCGUGAAGGUUAAGACACCGGUAAAGGUGGUUGUUGGGAGCUUGUCCUUGAGGGAAGCCAUUGUUUAUGUCAAUUGCUCCCUCGUGGUCGACAAGCUCCAACCAGGGAAGAAAGUUGGCAUUGUUAAGUCGAACUACUCCUUCGAUGUUUCCUUUUGAUAUGAUGUGGGGGAACAUUGAAUUUACUAGAUUCAUACAUAUGUGUUGCAUUCAAAGAAAUUCAAUCCAAAACAAAAUUUUCAAACUAAAACUAAUUGAGUUAUUAAUGUUUGAGUACAUGGAGUAUAAGUGAAUGAUUUAAAUUGAGAUUAACAUAAAAUCAAAUAUUUAAUGCAUCUCAAAAUUUAAAAGCAAAAAAAUUCUACAAUAUUA